UUUUUCUUUCCAAACAGGGAAAAGUGUUUCCAUGCUGCUGGAGAGCUUCUCUGUCACAAUUUCUCCUCUGGGGAAGAGCACAAUCCCUGAUCUCUCUCCUCCCACUCCCACUCGAAAGGAGCAGGGUGCGCUCCAGGCCCCUCCCCGGGGUCUGUGGAGUCAGAGAAGGCAAAGACAGAAGAGAAGUCUUCUCUGACUGUCUGACGUGCCUGGGACUAGGGGAGCAACAGAGGGGAAAAGUGUCCAGUCCUGGAAACGGAAUGUCUUUCCUGUUCAUUCUCUUCCUCGUUUCCUGUUAUGUUGGAACAUGGGGGACUCAUAUGGAAAUCAAAAAAGUGGCUGAGGAGAAGGUCACUUUGCCUUGUCAUCAUCAGCUGGGGCUCCCAGAAAGAGAUACCUUGGAUAUCGAGUGGCUGCUAAUGGAACCUGAUGGGAAUCAAAAAGUGGUGAUCACCUAUUCCAGCCGCCAGGUCUAUAAUAAUUUGACUGAGGAGCAGAAGGGACGUGUAGCCUUUGCUUCCAACUUCCUGGCAGGAGAUGCCUCCCUGCAGAUUGAGCCCCUGAAGCCUAGCGAUGAGGGCCAAUACAUCUGCAAAGUGAAGAAUUCAGGGCGAUACCAAUGGAACCGUGUCAACUUGAAAGUCCUGGUGAAACCAUCUAAACCUAAAUGUGAGCUAGAAGGAGUGCUGACUGAGGGAGGGGACCUGACCCUGCAGUGUGAGUCAUCUUCAGGCACAAAGCCUAUUGUGUACCACUGGCAGCGCAUCAAGGAAAAAGAGGGAGAAGAUGAGCACCUGCCCCCGAAAUCACGGGUUGACUAUGAAAAUCCUGGGCGUGUUUUGCUACAGAAUCUCACUUUAUCUUCCUCUGGACUCUAUCAAUGCACAGCUGGCAAUGAGGCGGGGAAGGAAACCUGUGUGGUUCGAGUGACUGUGCAGUAUGUACAAAGCAUUGGCAUGAUUGCGGGUGCAGUGACGGGUAUGGUGGCUGGAGCCCUACUGAUUUUCCUCUUGAUAUGGUUGCUCAUCCGAAGAAAAGACAAGAAAAGAUAUGAAGAAGAAGAGAGACCCAAUGAAAUCAGAGAAGAUGCUGAGGCACCUAAAGCUCGACUUGUGAAACCUGGCUCCUCAUCCUCUGGUUCCAGGAGUUCCCGUUCUGGCUCCUCCUCCACCCGCUCCACAGCCAAUAGUGCCUCCCGAAGUCAGAGGACACUAUCCAGUGAGGCUGCAGCCCAGCCAGGGGCAGCCUCCCACCCCUACAGCUUGGUGGGGUCAGAAGCAAGAGGCCCAGAGCCAAAGCAAGUCCAUCAUGCCACCCUAUCCAAGGCAGGGACCAUACCCAGCACGGUCCCCAAUCAGAGCAGAGCCUUCCAAACUGUCUGAGUUGAGAUGGACCCUCCUCCCAAAUACUCUCCUGAUGAUCAGAGUCUUGGGAUACUCCUGGUUACUUGGAACUCAAUCACCAGCCACCCAGUCCCUUCAGGACAGGGAGAGAGGUCAUUGAGAUGACUACAAACAUUGCAAAGGACUUGCUCAUAUGAGUUCUUUGUUUCAACAGGGCACCAAAUAAGGAUGAUAUGUGAACUGAGUAACCUACAAAGAGGCAUUUCUUUAUGCUUUAAGACUGGAAUGGGCAGGAGAAGCUCAUUCCUACCUAUCUCUUAGCCAGGAUACCUGGAGAGGGAUGAGCAUGCUAGAGUCUAUUUGGCAUCACUGCUCUGAUUUACUAUUUCCAAUUAGAAAUAGGGUUUUGCUCAUGAUUUCCUACGCACCUGUACAGACACCUGUUGAGUUACUAGGUUUAUGCAAAUAUCCAAGCAGGGUUCACAAAGAUGUGGAUUAUUCAGAUAGCCUUAGAGUUCACUUAUCUGCCCAGUCUAGUUGGUUCACCACUUCUGAGAACACUGAAACACAGAACCCUGACUCUCAUCCUGGUUUUAGUUCACUUGUGGGGAGGCUUGGUCCUCAGUUUUAAGGGGGAAUUAAAGAGGUCCAAGAAAAAUAUGAAGCAAAGGAUUCUUUCCAUAUUCCACAUGCCUGGAAUCCUCCUACUUAAUGGCAAAGUUCUGUAAACAAACAAACAAACAAACUGAAAACUUAUCCAGGGACUCGAUAAAGGUAUUAGCGUUUUGUUUCGGGGGAUUUCUGAGAAAUAUCAAGAACAAACAUGUAAGGCAAUCUUGGCUUUUCUUUCUUUUCUGUCUACCAGGAUUUUUGCUUUGGGGAUCUAUAUAGGAAAAGACUGUUCAUUAUACAUUCUAAAAUAGUAUUAAGAAAGUGGUCUUCAAGAGAGAAGGGAUUUUUAGUGGAUAAUUCGCAUUUAUAGAGUGCUUUACAAUUUGGAACAUACUCCACCCCUCCCUAUUCCAUGAAUAGUGCAAAUAUUCUUAUCCCUGUAUUUCAGAUUAGUAAACUGAGGUUCAGCGGGGCUCAAUGAAUUAUUUAUAGCUACCCACGACUUGAACCCAGUUCCUCCAGCUCUUCGUUUAGUGCCCACUUCACACCAUGCUGCCUCUGAAUGUUAUAGAUGUCCCCUGAAAUACCACCCUUGUCUUCUCUUCCUGAGACCACAAGCAACUCACAUUUCAAUACCGAAUGAACAGAAAGAGGAUUGUCUUUUUCAUGUUUGUUUCUAAGGAGUGCUAAGAGGAUUCUAAGAAGUUCUGUCUCCACUUGGUGAAUUCUGCCUCUUACUUUUUCCAUAAUAGCUGUGGCUCUAGAAACUUUGGGGAUUCUUGGGUUUUGAAAGAUCCUACAGACCAGGGCUUGACAACCUUUCUGAUGGCAAAUAUUAAGUAUUCCCCUUUCUUGGGAGAGUGGGGAGGAAGGAAACUAGUUUUUAUUUUGCUCUUUCACUGGCUAAGCAUGGUGAAUAUAGAUACAAGCAAAAAGAAAGAUAAUUCCUGCCCUCCAGGAGCUUAUGUUCCUAGGGGGAUAGACAACAACCUAAG